CCAGUUUACUAAUCAUUAGUCCACAGUCGCUUAUAAAUCUAAGACUAUAACAGUAAGGUUAUAUCGUAUUUCUACAUCAAUAUUUAUGUUAAAAUAAUCUAAGUAUCAUGUCUUCAUUAUUAAAUUCUAUUAUAUUCCGGCUUAAAUUGACACAAGUAAUUCUUUCUCUUGGAAGUAUUGUACCAGUUUUCAGUGAGAUUUAUGUUACUCUCUCGUUGUUGACUGCGGAUUUUGUGCAUCUAACAUUAUACGGGUACCUAGGAAUCGGCAUAGUUGUUUUAGCGAGUUUAUGUAUAUCAGAACCUGUAUCAGAAAAAGUGACUCUAUAUUCGUCGUCUAUGGCUGUGUUCCUACAUUUAUUAUCUGCGGUGUUUAUCAUCAAAGACGUGUUUGGUCAAGACUCGUAUAUGUGGGGACUUCGAGUCAUCAGCGGACUGUGUACUGGAGCUAAUGCAGUGGCUUUUGGAUGGGAAGUGUUGUACAUCAUGAAAUACAUCCAUCAUUAAUAGUUUUGCUAAACAUUAAGAAACGGUCAAUGUUUAUAAGAAUAACGCUUUCGAAUGAGUGUUAUCUUUCUCUUUCGAACAUAUAUUGUAAGGGCUUAUAAUUGUUAAAUAAUUUAUCAAUGUACUUUUUAUUAGAAAUA